AAGGCGCUGCCAUGGCAACGGCGGCCGCCUGUUCCUGUAGCCCGCAGCCGGCUCGCAUGCCGGUCCUCCUGGUUAACUAGUGGAGCGCCAUGAACCAGCUAGUUAACGAAGUCCAAGCGAUGAGGCAGGAGCGGCUCCCCGCGGUGUUUCGUCGGUGGCGAGAGCGCCAUGACCGCCCGCUUCAAGUGUCGGAGUGAAUACCAGAAGAGCUUCAGGGUCCCCCGGUCCACAAGUGUGUGUCCUCAGCGCGGCGCCCCACCGGCCGGUCUGCGCUGCGACCAAAUGGGUAUCUGCAGAGAACCAGGUCUCCAGAGGCGUAAGAGGCUCGGUCCUCCUGGUCCUGCUGAAUCCUGCUCAGUCCUGCUGUGUCCUCCGGAUCCACGGAACUCCAGUGCACCGCCUGCUGCCACUCAGAGUCCCUCAGCUCACGGGAAGAAGACGGCCCUGGAGCCUAAUCCUCCAACACCUCCCGGACCACGAGCCGACCCCGGUUUGGGGACGCAGGGCGCAGGACCAGCUGCAGACCCUGGAUCAGUCGAGCCAGGAGCUGCUGGAAAAUCUGCCAAGCCCCGCCCCUCCAAGCUCGACAGCCGGCCACAGCCGAGCCAACCUCUGACCUCGGCGCCUGACGGACGGGCCAAUGAGGUUCAGCGCGCUCUGCGCUGGAGGGUGGGGCUUAAAGGUCAAAGGUCAGGAAUUCAAAGGACAGAGUACCACAGACAGUUCAGCUGGAAGAAACCUGCAACUGCUGCUUCUCCCAUACUGGCUGCAGAACAGCUGCUCUACUCUGGCAGCAGGUGUGUGCCGCCCUUUAAGAAACACCCCAUUCCCUUGGAAACGGAGUAUAGGCGCAGUUUCCGAGGUCAGGUCCCGUCCCCUGGGCCCCGGCUCCGGGAACACCUGGAGCAUCAUCAGAGAGCCCCGCUUUUCCACGUGCACACGACCAACAAAAAGAAGAGGGAGGAGUCAGUGAAGAAGACCCGCCCCCGACAGGAUAAUGUAACCCCCACUCAGGUUCAGAGAGGACCCAGGAUCCCGGAGGGAGGCGGAGCCACGGAAGGCGACGCCCAGGUGAGGGAGCUGAGGCUGAAGGCCUCGUCCUACCGCCGUCGGGCCUGGGGGGCCAAUUUCGACAGAGACCACCUGAGCCAGCUGCUGUCCGAACACAACGCGCUGUGGGAGCCGACGGACACCACCGACGGCCCCACGCCUCGCCCGACCUUUGACCUCCAUGCUGACCCGGACAGCUGCGGCACCUCCCCCGCGGAGGCCCUGAGCCCGGCCAGAAGCUCCAGAAGGUCUUCAGUUACGAGCUCCACAGACCGAAACACACCAACACCUCCAGGUCAGGCUGCCAGAGGAGGAGGAGGAGAAUAUGAGCGUAGUGAGGAGGGAAGGUUACCGACUCCGAGGCUGAAGAUGAGACCGGUUCAGAGAACCCACCAUGACCUCACCACGCCUGCCACCGGAGGAGCUAUACUGGUGGGAAAACUGAGCAGUGAUGAAGCUUCUCCAAACAAACCGAGGCGUGAGUCUUCAGCCGACCAGCCAGUCAAACUGAAGGAGGCGUGGUCUGACAAUAGUCCCGCCUUCGCCCACACUGGCCCCUCCCUAGACCACAAGCCAGCCACAAGUCCCGCCUCUAAACCAAUCAGGACAAAGCAAACGUCCCCCAUGGCCCCGCGCCCUCUGGCCCCGCCCCCACCGCACUGUAUCCGAGGCACGCUGAGAAACGCCGACUUCCAGCACAACGGUGAGCUUGGUCUGAGGUUCAGGGAGCUUCGGUGUCCAGGAAGAGGCAGCUGCUCUCAUGAAGACGACCGGCUGUCGGUGAUGUCGUGGCGCUCUGCGGCCUCCUGCUCCGCGGCCUCCGUCGUGCUGGAGCGCGCGCAGAAGAGACGGGAACACUUCUGGGGGAAGAGAUGACCUUUGACCUCCGGGAUCUUUUCGAACAAUCUGUUGAACAAUAGUUGGAAUAAUAUAUUUUAAUAUCAUGUAUUUUUUACACAGUAAUAGAUGCUUUUAUAAAUUGAGUCAUUCUGUUUGUGUAGUAAGUUUGGGGAGACAUUAAAAAGCAUCAAACGGUUGA